AUGACAUUAUUAGAUACCGUUGUGCAAGAUAUUUAUAAAGACGUUGGAGCCGAUGAGAAGGGGCAUGUGUUAUGUGAUCAAGUCUUGAAUGGAAACAAGAGUUUGACGUUCAGAAUUGGAACUUUUGAUAUACCUGUGUACUAUUCGGAUAUCUUCUUUAAUUUUUCUUCCACCAUCUGUGGUUGUGGAAUAGGUCGGACAUCGAACGUUGAUAUGCAAUAUGUUGGGCUCCCAUUUCUUAGAAAUACAUACUUUGCCCAAAACUUUGACACUAAAAAAAUUGGAUUGGCACCAAUAAAGUAUAUAGAUGAGUCUGAUAUUGUCGACUUUUGGUUUUAG